AUGACUUUGUGUCUUAGAGCUGGAUGUAGGGGAUUAAAGACUGAAAUUUCCACCUCUGCGACGUUCUUCUUCUGCGGUCUCCUUUCGGAGGAUUUGUGCACACGCAGACCAGCGUCAGGCCGGAUGGCCAUUUCUGCAUUAGACACCAACUCCUGCACAGCAAUUUGGACCGCGAGGGAGGUCAAGGCUGCCCACACAGGCCUGAUGGUAAGAUACGAUGCUCUCUGUAUGCUGGAGAACAUUUCAGGCAAAUGCUUGUGGCCGACCGUAGGGAUGACGUAUCCAAAGGUCAAACAUACUCGAGAUCGUGUAUUUGGUUCGCCCCUGCAAGAAGUAGACGAGACAUCUCGUAAUGCACCUCAGCCCAUGAAAGACCAACAGCGGUGCAUGCCUCGAGAUCAUAGGGUCGUAUUCCGUGAUUUCUUGCUUGCCGUCGUUGUUGUGGCCUGGUCUGGAGUAGAAGGAUGUUCCCCCCGCUUCCAGGACGGGUGGGACGGCUGCACUAGAGAUACGCUUGCCGUUCUUCUGACUCGUCUCGAAAAUGGUGCUUUGGGAGUAUAUGUCUCUGGUGGGGAAAUUGCCAUGAUUGUGACGGAGUUUGGAGGAGUCCCGUGGGGUUUCGUUCAGAGAGAUUGCGAACUAACAAGGUUCUGGGGGUUGGCGUAG